CAGCAUUCAAUGAGGUCGUGCAUUUCUAUGCUGACUCAGUGAAGAGGGAAAGCAGACGUGUAAACAGUACCAUGGACGAUUUUGUUCCCUGCAGAACAAUAUCAUGGUUUAUCCUUGUUUUCUCUUCUUUGUUCUUCAAGUGUUUAUCAGAGGAACCGCGAGUCCGUGUUUUCACUGCCACAGAUUAUAUGCUUUUUGAUAGCAACGAUCUUCUUUAUUUUGAGAUUCUGCAACCUAAAAAUAUUAGCUUCAUCUACAAAGUUAGACCAGCGAAAGACUUUGGCGGCAAAUUUGAAUUUGAUUCAGGGAUUGUAAAUCUGGUGGCUGCAGAUCCUCUUGAUGCUUGCUAUUCAGUUGACAAUGGCCAAGCCUUGCAUGGGGCAAUAGCCUUGGUUGAAAGAGGAGGUUGUUCUUUUCUGUCGAAAACAAAAACAGUUGAAAGUCAUGGAGCCAUUGCAGUAUUUAUAGCAGACAAACUACAGUAUAUCAAUGGGGAACCUUUAGUAGACAUGAUUCAUGACGGUACAGCAAGAGAUGUUCACAUUCCUGCUGGGUUCAUGCUGGGAUCUGAUGGGUAUCACAUUAAACGUGGAAUUGAGGAAGCAGGAAUGAAAGCGGCUGUCAUAUCCAUUCCUCUUAAUGUCACGACAAGCCCUCAUCUUUACACCAGGCAGCCUCCGUGGUCAUACUGGUGAUAUAGCCUUUCUGUGGCAUUCAAUUCUGCGGAGGAGGAGGAGGAGGGGGCUCCCAUAUGAAAAGGUCUGGGAUGCUUAUCAGAAAGUUUGAAUUAAACCCCUAAAG